AUGACUGGCGCGCCGAACCGGACGUCUGGCCAGGCGCCUUCAGGCCGAUCUGCUGCUGAGAUCGAGGCCGAAAUACGAGCGGAGCGCGCCAGACUAGCAAUGGAGGACGAUCUCGGCAUCGCGCGCGUCGAGGAAUUACCCUUGGAAACUGAGUCCAGGGAUCGUGCUCGGGGCCAGCAUGGUCGCCAUGCUGAAGCCAACUCGCGCCGAGGUCAGCCAUCGUCUCGAGGUCCAUCGGGCCAACCAUCGCUACCCGGCAGCAACGGGGUGGCCUGGGGCAUGGAUCAGGUGUGGCAAGACGCUAUUGCGGCCAAAAUUUUCGAUGACGAUGAAGCUGAGACCGUCAAGAACUUGGACGACCUCGGCGGUGGGAGACUAUAUGACAAUGCUGCUCCUGCCAGGCCCCAGAAGGCUUGGAUUAGCCACAUGACGAUGCGUAUCCUCAACCAGCGUAACGCGCGCUCUGGGAAUAAUCCCGCUGAGCACCCUACACCCAACAAAGGAGGACGCCCCAACCCAAACCAAGGCCCGGCCCAACCCGGUCGUAACAACACCCCGACCGCCGCCAAUUCCUCAUCUCACGGGGGGAAUAACAAAUCCGUCCCUGCGCCUUCAGCUAGGUCGAAGCACAAGGCCAUCAAUGUCAACCCGAGAGCAAGGCAGGUAAACCAGCCGCGUGCUCAGCCUGUGAGGGCUUCGCCCGCUGUACUACCUAUGCGAGAAACGACCAUCAACCCAAAUGCUCCUCUGUCCUUCGAGACUGAGAACGUCAUCCAGAAGGUUGUGGUCAACUUCUCUAGCCGGGACAUCAACCCGGCCUUGCCUGCAUUGAUCCUGUUAUCAGCAGCCGCGCCCCCGGAGCUCGGAUUCAUGACUGUCGUCAUAUACAACAACAAAUAUUGCGAGUGGCCAGUGUCGGCCUGGUUUGAUUAUUCCACCGGUGCCGACAACCUCCUCACUGCCAUAUUUCAGAACGAUGGUGGGCAGCAAGGUUACGGACUUCAGUUCAAGGACUAUGGCGAUCUCGUCAAGUUCAGGGACACCGUAGCAUUACUCCAGGCAGGGAAGCAUCCGAAUCAGGUUGGCUCUGCUUCAGUUCCUGCUCCGACCGUCAUCAGAACCCCUACUCCGACCGCCGUUGCCACCACGGCUAGAAACACGCUACAACCGGAAGCUCCAGGCGAGGCUUCAAAUGUUGGCAGUAUGCGCCCUCGGGCCGCAUCUCCUCCGGUGCCGACUCCGACCAAUGUGCCUUCCAUAAGUGAGAUGACGCUCGUCCCUGCCGGCUUCUCAGAGCCAACUACGCCAUCCACCCACCCCGAUGUCAAUUCCGCUGAGACAGACCCAAUGCUGGCCUUCCGUAACGCAGCCAUCAUCACUUGUCGCACACUGUUCCAGUUCUUUCAUCUCACCGGGACCGCCACUAAUGGCACCACUAUGACCGUGGAAGACAUGGAGCAAACAGCCGAAGGGAUCAGGUCGGGAGUCCUGGAACACAGCAUGAAUACUGCAAGGGCCCAGGGGGCCAGCGAAGAACAAAUCCAGGUGAUCAGGGAUACAAUUAACGAAUACUUUAGGUCCCAGUUGGCCGAGGGGCAGCGAGCAGUUACCAACUCCCGCCGUGUCUACUCAUAUGACUUCCUGAUGUCGAGGAGGGUUGCUGCAAUCAGCCCUAAAAUCUCUAUGGCUGACAUUCCUGACUUGCCGCAGCUGAGAUCCUCCUCUUCCCGAGGCCGUGUCUCCUCUCGGGGCCGCGCCACCCCUUACCAGAGCGCGACCCCUGACCAGCCCCAGAUCUCGAAGUCUGCCAGUGCCAUGCAAUGGGUACUUAGCGGAGACGCACCCUCUGGGAUGCCCAACACAGGGGCUGACACGACCCCCACGGCCCCUAGCAGUGCACAAGCCACUGUUCCGAGUGCGGUAGGCCUUGGUGGCACACCAGACACGGGUCUCCAAAACUCUCGUUGGGCAUCUGGUGGGGAAGCACCCAAGCACGCAAAUUGGUUCACGGGCCUAGGAUACGAGAAAGCAUGGUCCAAGAGAACUUAUCUUGACGACCUUGCCCAGCUCGAUCCUAAUACAGCCGUGACUGCGGGCACUGAAGAUAUUAUGGACCACUACUUCCCACUCCCGGAUGCCAGCAGGGCUCAACCUAGUCCUCAGGCUUCUACUGUUGACGGCAACAGGGAUAAUAUGGAGGAUCUGAGCGUUGACAUGUCUCGCCUGUCAAUUCAGUCGCCGACGGCACCCCCGAGGCGGUCGGCUAGGUUGGCUAGGUUGGCUAGGCUGGCUGCUUCUGCAGAGGCGUCAGGCUAUGCCACCCGACAGUAUCGGGAGCUCCGCACACAGCCCACAUCCGCGGGAUCAACUCCGUCGGUGCCGUCGCUCGAGACUCAGGCUACGUCACGGUCUUUUAAUAUGGAAUCUCGGGCCACACUGAUGGCCUCGAACCCGUCGCCCGUCUCCAUCACGGCCCAGGUCCCGAACGGGCUGCGCCCCGCGCCUACGCUGACACAAACGGAGCCUUCAACCUCAGCCGAACCUAUUAGGUCGGCGUCGACGCAGCCGCCGCCGGCUGUGCCAGCGCAAUCGCCCGCAACUACGGUAGCGCGACCUGGGGUACGCGGCCUUGCGGCAUCUAGGCAUUCUGAUGGCAUUGCGCCGUCCAAUUCGGGGAAUUUUGACUUCUACCUUCCGAACUCCGCGCGUCGGUAA